GAGAUUUCCAUUCACUCUCCCGCUGAGCAAUCGCGCCACUUCUCUAGCAGCAGCACGCCGGUAGUUACAAAUUUCAGUCCCGAUUCUCGGCGAGGAAAUGUCUCCCUUGUCAACUGUCAAAUGCCGAUCACCCAACCCAACAACCUGAAUUUUUCCUGUAUAUUCUGUCUAACCACAUACGUACACUCACAUCAUCUCUUUCGAGCGCCAAAAGGAUUCUGUUCGAUCAUCCGUCGCCAACAAUAGAUUCAGAGCAAAUGGAUCCUCAAGAUCUUCAAGAAACCAUCCACACCAAGUUGAUCAAGAGCGGAGAAAGAGAGAGACUGAAGGAGCUUUUAAGGGAACGCCUUGCAGAAAGCGGGUGGGAGAAUGAAAUGAGAGCUCUUUGCAGGGCAUUUGUGAGGGAUAAAGUAACAAGCAGUGUAAGACUGGAUGAUCUGAUCAAAGUAAUUACUCCAAGAGGCAGAGGGUUAGUUUGAGAUUCAUGCCAAACAAAAGACUUCAGUUUUGUUGUUUAUGUCUUGUUUGGUAUCCUGUCUAGCUCAAUCUUUUUCAAAUUUCACUUCGAUUGUGUAAGGCCAUCUCAAUUCACAAUGGUUAUGUUGUGUAUGUAUUAAAAUGAGCAACAAUAUAUUAUUUUAUAAACUAGUUCUUGCACAUUCAAGGCCGCCAAUGAAUUGAACUCCAGUCUCUCAAUUUGUUUUGUAGGGCUAUUGGCAAUUUGUUUUAUUGUUCUUUUACAUGUUGCAAGUUAAUGUCUUCAUAUGCACUGAAAAAAAAAAAAUCUGCCACGCAACUUCUCGUCUGCUGUCAAAUUUGCCUACUCUGUUAACUUUAUCGACAUUCAUCAGUCUUGAGAUUUUACUGCUUCCAUUGCUUGACCAUGUGCAGAAUCCGUCCCUGAUAAUGUGAAGGCUGAGCUGUUGCAACAGAUCAGAUCUUUUAUUGCAUCAAAUGCUGUUUGAUAUUGUUCAAGUUGGCAGUUCAAAAACCAGGAAUAGUCCUACUUUCCUGUCAAAUGGUGCAUCUCAACUCUGCAUCCUGGCAUGUAGGUGUAUUUGGAGUUUUGGACUGUAUUCACGUUGAUGCGUUGAUGCAUUGGACUGAAGAUAUUAGCUUUGUUUUGGGAUCAGAUAUUGCACUUAAAAAUGCAACUCUGAAACUGUCUCGGCAUUGAUAAUCUUACAGGGAAUGGACAUGUCCCUAGUUUUUUGUCCUCCAAAUGAUCUUGACAUGUAUUGUAAUACUUUCACUAAUAAUCUGUAGUGCUCUUUUCAGUCUUUCCAUCUUAGGCCAUUUGACUUGACCCCUUAUUUCACUACCCAUAUCUCUGAAAUGGUUCUGCAUAGCAAGCUAGUGGGUUUUCCCCUCGUUACAAUGCACUUUAUAAAACUUGAUUGCCCAU